AUGGGAACAGCUGCCACUACCUUGCCUGCCAGCAACAGAAUGCACAUGAAGAGUGGUCCUACACUAUCUCACCAACAAAGGGUUGAUCUCUGUGCAGAAGUAACAAAUCAAGAGUUUGUUGAGAGCCCUAAAGCAACUGGUGAUGAUAAAGCUCCAGGUAUUGAUGGCUUUAAUGCAGUUUUCUUCAAGAAAGCCUGGGACAUUAUCAGUAUUCAGAUCAUAGAUGCCGUGAAAGAGUUCUUCUCAACUGGAAAGCUCUAUAAGGCCAUAAAUUGCACUACUGUUACAUUGAAAGUCAUGCCUUACAUCAUUUGUGAGGCUCAAGCAGGCUUCAUUCCUGGUAGAAAGAUUGCUGAAAAUGUCAUUCUAGCUCAUGAGCUAGUCAAAUCUUACACCAGAGCCCAGAUAUCCCCUAGAUGUAUGAUAAAGAUUGAUCUCCAAAAAGCUUAUGACUUAGUAGAAUGGAUCUUCUUACAACAGGUGAUGGAGGAGCUUAGAUUCCUAACAGGUUUAUUAGAUGGAUAA